AUGGAUAAGUUCACUGUAGAUCUAGACCAAGUCUUAAAUGACUUUGAAUAUAGUGAAUUAACAGACCAAUAUAAUGCAGCAAGAUCCCAAAUAGACACUUCUAGUUCUGUAAAUCAUAACAAUGUUACAAAACAUUCAAUAAACAAUGUAUUUCAUAGCUUAAAUGAGUAUUUAAAUACCAGUGUUGAUGUACCCAAUACUGAAAAUAAUAUCCAGACAGAUGAUUUGUUGAAAAAAAUUGAAAAUAUUAGUGUGGAGAAUCUGGGGAGCCCUUUUGAUGAUACGGAUUAUAGUAAACCUGUAGAAGAGUGUGCAGAUAAUACAUUUUUAGAAGAGGAUAAGGAAUAUAAAUUUAAUGAAAAUACUACUUUUGCUAACAAAGCGCAUGUUAAAGAAUUGAAUGAACCUUUGAAUAAUACACAAAAUACUGUGCAUGAGAACAUAGAUGUACAUCAGAAAAAUAAUGAUCUAGUAGAAAAUCUGAAUCCAAUAUGUACAGAUGAAAAUUCAAUUAAAACACUAGUUAAAUGUGAUGAAGCUGAUUUUAAAGAAAACAUUGGAAAUGAGGACAAUUUUUGCUUAUCUAAUGAUGAAAAAACCAGUGAUCUUAUUCAUCUGGAUUCUAACUUAAUUUCCAAUGAUUCUAACAAAAUUGAAAAUAAUUUUAUAGUAAACGAAACUGUGGAUGAACCUAACUCAACUACUGCAAAUAAUCAAAUCAUUGAAGAUUUAGUUACAAAAAAUAAUGAUGAAACAUAUGUAGAUAAGGUGGAGGUAAAUCCAAUAGGUUUUCAAGAAAUUACUGAUGUCGAUGAUGAGGAAAUUCACGAACUGUUAGCUGAAUUAGAGAACGAACAGCAUUUGUUUGAGAGUGAGAAUGAUGCCACUAAUACAAAAUUGGAAGAUGAUAAGGAGACAGAAGAUUUUACUCAAGCUAUUGACAUCACACAAGAAUCAGAAGACACCAUACUAGUUACAGAAGAACCAAAAAUUCCGAAAGAAUCUUUAGAACCAGAAGUAACCAUGAAAAAUGAAACAAAUGACACUGUAACAGAAGACAAUAUCACAGAAUUAGUAAAAACACUCUCCAUUGAUGACAUACAAAUUGUAAAAGAUAUUAUUGAUAAACCCAACUUAGAAACUACUGAGCAGAGUAUAUGUGAAGACUUCAAAUCUUCUUCAGAGCCUGUAGUGUUUCAAGAAGAAGAAAAAACUGAAAAACAUGAGUUUUUGCAAGAAGCUGUUCUUGAAAAAGUACUAGUUAAGGGUAAAAAUAAAGAAAAUGUAAAGAAUAAAAAAACCUCAAAAGUAGAUAGUAUUAGAAAAAAAGUGGAAGUUGUCAAAGAAGAAUCAAGUAAGGUAGAAGAGAGUAAUAAGAAGACUGAAGAAGAUAAGCGUGAUAAUGUAAAUAUUUCAAAUCAAGAAACGGUUGCUCGACCGCAAAAUUUAUCAUUGAAGGAGAGUGAAACUGAAAGUCAGAGGGAAAUUAAUCUUAUAGGAGGCCCUGGUUCAACUCCGUACAACAAUGUGUAUAUAACUGAAGAGAUAAGCAAACAUCAAGAACAAGAUAAUGAGUCUAUUUCCUCUACGUCUUCAAAUACUUUCUCAGACACUGGUAGCACCGUCUCUACAGCCUCUACAGAGGAAAUUCGUGAUGACAACGACCUUACUAUUACUAACCCUAGUCAUGUUCAAGAGCAAACUGUAAGGCCUACAGAAAAUUUGGAAAGGGGCAGUAGAGAACUAUCUGAUGAUGGGGAUAAUGCUGGAAACACUGUUGAAGAAGAUUCAGAAAGAAAUGAGACUAGCGAAGGACAGGCUACCAGAAAUUCUGGUGAUGGGGAAAAUACAUCAAGUGGGACCACUGAAAAACAAUGGUUGGGAAAAGAGGCUCCUUUAUGGAUCCCUGACUCGGAUACGACUAGUUGUUUACACUGUGAUAUGAAAUUUACUGUAUUGAAGAGACGUCAUCAUUGCAGAGCAUGCGGUUUGGUUUUAUGUUCUAAAUGUUGCCACCUUCGAUUCAAACUAGAAUAUUUAGAUGCUGAAGCAAGAGUUUGUAACAAAUGCCACGAUAUCCUAAACAAAGACACAAAUAGCAGUUCUAGCUCUGAUCUUUCUUCUCCGGACCCAGGAAAUUCCCCUUUGAGGCGACCGAACCCUAACAACCCCUUAGAAUAUUGUUCUACAAUUUCACCAUUGCAACAGGUCAGCGGAACUUCCCCGGCUCCCCUUCCUGCUGUUAUGGUACCUGUUGGAGUGCUCAAAAGAAAAGGUAGCAACAAAUCAAAAUCGAAUAAAAGCGUAAUGUUUUGCGAUGGAAUCCGACCUGGAAGCGAUCUAACCAAUUUAGACAACGAUUUUAAUUACAACAAUACAAAGACUAAGAAGUUGGAAAAAACAAGUACAACAGCAUCAGCUGGAAAAAUAAAUAGAAAUUUGCCACUGAUCGACUCAGAAACCAACUCUUUUAUACCGAAAAACGAAAAUAAUUUACCUCCUUUAGUAACUAUAACAAAAACUGAUAUUUCGUACACUGAUUGUCAAAAUAACCCCACCACAGUGGAAUUACUAAAAAACAAUCAACUCACAUUCGCAAUUUUGUUAAGCUUGUAUGUACAUGUUAAAAUAAUUAAUAUGAAUUGCUGCAUUAACAAAAUGGCGUUUUGUUUUUCUACAGACGGUUUAAUAAAUGUUGGACAAGAUGAAAUCGUUAUAAUUUUGGAAUACAUCGAUGAGGAGUCAUUUGUUCCUAAAGAUGUGUUUUAUCAUAUCAAUAAUAUAUAUGUUGAUGCAGUUAAAGGAACGUCAAUAAAAGAAUUAGGACUUUCAUUACACAAUUCUUCCAAUUUUUUGGAUUCCAAAAACCACGCCGGUUUUGUUUACAUCCGUCCAACUUUUCAAUGUUUGGAGAAUGUAAUUAAACCAAAAGAACCUUUUCUGGUAGGAAUUCUGAUACAUAGGUGGGAGACACCUUGGGCCAAAUUGUUCCCAUUAAGACUGAUUUUGAGACUAGGUGCUGAAUAUAGGUAUUAUCCUAGUCCUGUGAUAUCGACUAGGCACAGAGACAGUGUUUUUGUAGAAAUUGGACAUACAAUAAUAAACUUAUUGGCAGAUUUUAGAAAUUUUUCUUAUACACUUCCUCAAAUAAAUGGUUUGACUAUUCAUAUGGAGGACAAAAAUACAACGGUUACCAUACCAAUUAAUAGAUAUGACCAGAUAAUCAAAUCUCUUAACAAUUCAAGUGAUCAUAUUUUGGCUUUUGGUGGGGCAUUCAGCCAAGAGGCGGACUCUCAUCUAGUAUGUAUACAAGAUACCCAAGGAAAUGAAAAUUGCUAUUCGACGCAUGCUAUUAAUAUUCAGAACAAACCCAGAAAAGUGACGGGAGCAAGUUUCAUCGUAUUCAACGGGGCUUUGAAAUCUUCCAGUGGUUUGACUGCUAAAUCCAAUAUUGUAGAAGACGGUUUAAUGAUUCAAGUAUUACCAGAACAUAUGCAACAGAUUAGGGAAAAUUUGAGAGCGAUGAAAAAUCACACGAUAUCCUGUGGCUGUGUAAAUGCAGUUUCCGACGAGACCGUAAACAUUGUUUGGGGAGAAAAUGAUACCAAUUUUAAUAUAGGCAUUACCUCUUCGAUUGAUGGCAUGUCUCUAAGUGGGAUUCCAUCAAUUCGUGUCCACAACGGUAAAAACCAUUAUGGUGCCAAUGGAAACCGAAUUAUUAGGUGGACGGAAGUAUUCAUAAUUCAGAGUGGUGAUGAGAAUCCCAAAAAUCAAGAUCCCAUUGACGUAUCAAGAAUUUCAGAAAGUAUCGCGAAAGCUACUUGCGAUGCUUUAUUAAAUUAUCUUGAUUUGCUAGUGACAAAUAAUUUUCAAAAAAUUGGAAUUCGGACUACUCUUCAUGUAGAUAGUGUGUCUUAUUGUGCGGGUAGUAAUAAUACAAGACUACCCCCUAUUUACAUGAAAAGUUUGGACAAUGAGCUGAUUCCAGUCCUGCAUAGGAUAACAUCGGGCAAUCUGGGGGAGAAUUCCAUUAUUUUGGAACUGAUAUUUCGGAUAUUAAAUGUUUGA